AUGAAUCGAUCGAGAUUGAUAGAAGAGCAAAUAAACGGGGAAGUCCGUGAGCUACUCGAUCGACCGUGGUGGCGCCGAACGUGGAUCAUCCAAGAAGUUGUGUUGGCAAAGAACAUCCAGAUAAUAUGUGGCGAGGAUAUCAUCACGUGGGAUGCAGUGGCAUCUCUGUUCAAACGGCUAAAAUGGACACAGGGUGAGGUUCGGGUAUUCGAUGUCAAGCUGAGUGAUCGAAACAUAUUUCCUGAUCAGAUGUACAACCUUAUCUCUGGAUAUCAUCAGAAAUGGCAUUCGAACGAUAGGAGGCUCGACCUUUUGGACGUGCUAUACCAGUUCAGAACGUUAGAAUGCACAGUUGCGCAUGACAGGAUUUAUGGGUUCUUGGGAAUUGUGCAUCCUAAUGUGGCUACAAAGAUAAGCCCGGAUUAUCAUCUCGAUGCACCACAGGUGUACCGUGACUUCGCAAGAACCAUGAUUCAAGUUACAGGCAACCUACAUGUGCUGAACUGUACAAGACACUGGUCAGGCGUUGAAAAUGGCGCUCAGCAGCAAAAGGCAUACAGCGUCCUGGAGCAGUCGAGAUACUACGACAUCCAGGCUCAAAUCUUCGAUGGACCAGAUAAGACUCCGAGAAGAGGCUGUGCGAGACUGCCUGAUGGCUGGGAGAGAAUACCGCACAAGGAGAAGCCUCUGUUUCGGGACAAUAAGGAUAGGAACAAACAGUCUACUGAAUUGAGUCCAUUAGAGAGCCAGCAAGCUGCGAGAGCUGAGCAUUAUAUCAAGCAAAGAGAACUCUCACCGGGAUGGUCUAAGAUCUGGGACAACCUUGGCCGUGCAAAGGUUGUGUAUGGAGCCGGAGAGACGGCGAGAGAGCACAAACUGCGAAAUGAAAGAGAGCUUCUCCGACAGAGGCUUUCCAGAUUACCCUCAUGGGUUGCCAACUGGGAAUGUCCAACUCGAUGGGACCCUAAGCCACUGAUCAAUUUUUCGCUAUCACAGCCUCGAUAUUUCGCAUCCGGAAACACUACUGCGGCACUACAUAUUGGCUCCAACCCACGGGUUCUGUCUCUCAAGGGGCAGAUAAUUGAUGAAAUCAGGCAACUCGGACCCGUAUGGCAUCCUGAACUUGACAGGCCCCCUAUCUCCAGGAAAGGCAUCAACGCUCUUGUUGAGUGGGAAAGUCUUGCCCUGAUUGAGCUUCCAGACUGCCCUUACGGCGGCGCUGAGGGUCGCACCAACGCCCUAUGGAGAACAAUGAUAGCUGAUUAUGCAGGUACAGAAGCUGCUGACAGUAAUGACUGGGCUUACAUCGAGACGUGGUAUGACCGAACUGGAUGGGGUCGUGAGCUCCCAGAUAUGGCAUCAAGGGGAGUAUAUGAGACAGUCACACUUGAGGUGCGCAUCGCACAUUGUUGGUGA